UGGUCCUCCCAUCUCUACGAACGAGACGAAGACGACGACGACGCAACUUGUAGAAGUAAAAAUAUUUAUACGAUUUUGCCGUGUUUAAACGAAUUAACUAAUCUAAUAAUAUAUUAAAUGCAAAGUGAAAAUGUGAACGUUCUUUUUGCUUUCGAAAUGACAUCCAUUUAAAAUGCAUUUCAACAUAAUAGCUCGCUGUGAAAAUUUCGUACAGGCAAAAAAGAGCCGAUUUUUAGUGGAAGAAGAAGCAGUGGUAGCAGCAGCCGAACAGGCAGUAAAAGCAAUCGUCGAAUACACGGACAAAGCAGACGGCGAAUGAAAGGCGUGUAAAGAGAAAACUUGCAAAAAUUACACCAACAACACUGAGGCGGCAGGCGAAAAAGUGUGUUUAGAAAAGAAAUUAAAAACACACGCAUAUAUACAUGCACGCAAACACACGCACACACUAACGAGUCGAAGCAAGAGAAUUGGUGCAAAAAGCAAAAAACAAAGUGAAAUAGCGCGCGGUUUAAUAAUAAAUAAUUAUAUGUAUGCGCGCAAAACAUGUGAAGAGCCGGGGAGCCGCUAAUACAAAUACGAAUACGAAAAAUCAAUGAGAUUGUAAUAAAAUUCCGUAUUCUCGCUAUCGCUCCUUCCCUCUCUCGUCGCACUCGCUCCCGCUCUCUCACUCUCUCUUGUCUUGUCUUUUCUCUCGCGAGCAGCAGCCUCUCGACUUGUGUUUGUGUUUCUUGUUGAUUUUGUGAUAAAAUUGCAAUCAGCAUCACACGACACUCGCCAAAUUAAUAGUAUUCAAAGUAUCAGGGUGAUCGAAAAACCAACAGUAAUCAGUAAAAGUGGUUGUGCAAGAAGAAGCAGCAACAAUCAGGCAAAAAAUACCUGAAAAAAAAUAAACGGUAAAACGAAGAAGUGGCGACACACACACACACAACCGAAGAGUGCCCGCUAAAAAGUUUAUUAAGUAAAAAUCCAAAAGUUAAAGCACACAGUGCGCUUUAUUCCCCAUUCUCAAAAGCCAAAGUCAAAAUAUAUGUUUUAUUAAAAAUGGUGGAAGUAAUAGAGCGGCGGAGAACGGCUGCGUGAGCCCAAAGCGCGGCCAAUUAAAAAAAACAACAGCAGUAGCAGCAGCCGCUUAAGAAGAAGAAGCAGAAGCUGAACCGAAAGAGGAGGAAACAGCAAGAGCCUCGAAAAAGUACAUAAAAAAAGUAUAAAAUUUAAAUAAGGUGGAAGUCGUGGUCGGUAGACAAAAAGCGAAAUAGCGACGAAAAAGAGAUUCGAGAAAAGCCAAACUCAAACCGAAAACCACCUUAUUCAGUCGCAACAAUAACAAUAGCAGCAAUAACUCCACCAGCAGCAUCCAAACUUCAUCACACAAAACCCACAAAAUGUACGGCAAAUCAAAGACAUCGGCGGUUCCAUCGGACGCCCAGGCCCGCGAAAAGUUGGCCCUGUACGUGUACGAAUAUCUGCUGCACGUUGGCGCCCAGAAGGCGGCACAGACAUUCCUCUCGGAGAUCCGAUGGGAGAAGAACAUAACGCUGGGCGAGCCGCCGGGAUUCCUGCACACCUGGUGGUGCGUCUUCUGGGACCUGUACUGUGCGGCCCCGGAGCGCCGCGAUCAGUGCGAUCACAGCUCGGAGGCGAAGGCCUUCCACGACUACGGCUUUGUCAGUUCCGGCUAUGGUGUGAACGGAAUUGGACCAGGUGGCCCGCACAAUGCCGGCGGACCAGCGCCCAGUCCUCUGGGACAGAUGCCGCCCGGCGGAGAUGGCGGUCCAAUGGGUCCCGGUGGACCGAUGGGUCCCAAUUUCUUCCCCAACUCCACGAUGCGACCGUCGCCGCCCACGCACGCCUCCAGUCCGCAGCCGCCUCCAUCGCAGAUGAUGCCAGGCCAGCCCCCGUUCAUGGGUGGACCACGAUACCCGGGCGGACCGCGUCCCGGCGUGCGUAUGCAGGGCAUGGGCAAUGAGUUCAACGGACCGCCCGGCCAGCCCAUGAUGCCCAACAGCAUGGAUCCCACACGACCAGGUGGUGGGAUGGGGCCGAUGAAUCCGCGCAUGAAUCCGCCACGCGGACCCGGCGGCAUGGGGCCCAUGGGAUACGGCGGACCAGGGGGAAUGCGUGGUCCCGCACCCGGACCCGGUGGAAUGCCGCCAAUGGGCAUGGGCGGAGCGGGUGGCAGACCGCCACAAUGGCAGCCCAAUGCUUCAGCGCCCUUGAACGCGUACUCAUCGUCAUCGCCAGGAAACUAUGGACCCGGACCCGGCUCCAAUGGACCACCGGGUCCGGGGACGCCCAUCAUGCCGUCGCCGCAGGAUAACACGCAGGGCGGACCAGUGGGUGGACCCGGCGACAGCAUGUAUGCCCUGAUGAAGCCCGAAUUCCCGAUGGGCGGCGGACCUGAUGGCGGAGGAGGUGGAGGCGGACCCGGAGGCAUGGGUCCAAUGGGCGGCGGGCCCAACUCGAUGGGCCCCGUACUUAAUGGUGGCGGCGGACCCGACGGCUCCGGCCUGGACGGGAUGAAGAAUUCGCCAGCCAACGGCGGACCUGGGACGCCGCGCGAGGACUCCGGCAGCGGCAUGGGCGACUACAAUCUGGGCGGAUUCGGUGGACCCGGCGAGAACGAUCAGACGGAAUCGGCGGCCAUUCUGAAGAUCAAGGAGAGCAUGCACGAGGAGGCCAAGCGGUUCGAGAAAGACACAGAUCAUCCGGACUACUUCAUGCCAUAACAACAUCACCAGCAGCAUCAGCAGCAUCUCAACACGGUGGCAGCCGCUGUGGCAGCUGUGGUGGCGGCUGCAGCGUCCAACGGAUCGGCGGGCAGCUCCUCGGCGGCUUCCAUUGCGGCUGCUGCUCUUGGGGCCGCCGCCUCUAAUCUGCUCAGCAAUGGCAACAACAAUUUCUGAAGGCAAAACCCACACAACACCACACACAGCAAAUAAGAACGCGGUAGUAGAAAUCCUUGAUACAUAAGCAUAAAGUAAUUAACAUUAAACGCAUGUAUGAGAAAUAGAGAAAAGCGAAACAAAAAAAAGCCCUUAAAUAUAAUAGACUAAAGCAGCAAAUGUAAAAUUGUGAAAGGAUCAAACGGACUUAUAGAAGCGCUCUGUCGCCACUGCCACUGCCCUUUGUCCUGAACUUCUCGUCGUUGAUUUUAGAUAAGUUCUUUUCGUUGUUGUAUUUUAUGCUUAAUUUUAGUUUUUGGUCGAAAGUUCAACUCACAAGAAAGUACCGAAAGUCAGGAAAAGGCCACAGUGCAGUGGAUGACAGAACGUAAGUGCUUACCAGCAUUACUCAAAAUAAUACUUAAAAGUAAAGAAAACAAAAAUCCAAGCAAGCAAAAACAGUAAUGUCAAUAAACAAGCAAAAACAGUCGAUCUUCUAUAAGUCGAACUAGAACUAGAAACACAAGUAAAAUUACUUGAAGUUCUGUUUAUGGACCGAAGCUGUAACGUUUCGACUGUAUACUAAAAGUAAUGUAAAAAAUGUAUGCAACAAGUUAGGUGAGCCUUGCGUUUAGUUUAGUUGUUGCAAACAAUCACCUCACACAAAACUUCACCAGAUCCAUUCACCUGUACCCUAUUUAUACACAUUCACUUGCUUAUAUAGAAAACCGAAAUCAUAAUCGCAGAUCAAUUGUUUGUUAAGCAAAGCAAGAAAUCGAAAGCAAGUAUAUGAAUGGAAUAUUUAUAAUCAUAUGCAUAAUACCUAGAUGAGUAUAUAGUUAGCAUUAUUGGACUUGUAUAUGGAUAGUCUGUAACCCACACUCAUACACAGAACUUCUCUUGAACUGCUGCAUUUUGCAAAUGGGCAAUGUCAGAUCGUUUCGCUUUGCCCAAAUUUUAUUCAUUUUAAUUCUCAUUGUACAAAUUGUAACCUGGGCACUUUGUGGUCGUUCCUUUACGGUUCUAUUCUGUCCGUGUUUGUUUGUUUGUUCAAAACGUAUUUGUUGUAUUGUUUCGUGUAUUUUUGUUUCUCUCAUUUGUCGUAUGUGUAUGUAUGUAUUUAUAUUUUAACCAAACAACUAAAAUGAACAUCGUUAUUUAAGUUCCUUCCAACGGCGAGCAAUACCAUUUGUAUGAGAUAUGACACGAUCUGUACAAUUUCCCUCACUUUAAAGAGCGGCAACAGUUUUGCACUCGUUUCGAUUUCCUCACGGCAUUGUGUGUGCAUUAGGGCAGCGAAAGAAAAAUAUAUAGAAAGCUAUAUGUAAACAUUUUAUAUAGACAGAAACCGAUACAGAAGUAGCCUAUUGUAUGCACUAAUUUAUUGCAAAAUAGCUACGCGCUUAACUCUAAGAAUUAGCUGUUUAAUAUGCAUAUAAAGAAUAUAUUAUAUAUUUCGUAAAGGCAGCAACAAUUGUAGAAACAUAACCUAAAGAAAAGAUUACUUCAAAAUAUCACACUUAACUUGAAUGCUGUACAAACAAAAGUCUUAAAGUACAUAAAUUAUAAAUAAAGCUAUAUACACAUUGUAUAUGUCUGUGCUUGCAUCCUUUUACCGAUACAGCACAUUAUGAAUUCAUAGAAGAAACCAACCAACCCCUAUGGUAGCGUUAGAUUCGAAGCUAAUUUUUAAGUCCAGCAACAUAAACAAAUCAAAAGGAAUAAACAUAAAGAAGCGAAUGAAAUUUCUUUAUAACGAACACACACACAUUAACACCACCACACACCAACACACGAAUCAAUUGAUAAAAUAAUUAAACAAGUAAAAAUGAAAAAA